UUUUCAGAAAUGAAAGUUGUGUUAGCAGUUGGUGGUGUAUUUAUCAAAUCAAAAUCCUUGACCCAAACCAAUAAUAUGUGUAGAUCAAAAAAAUCAUAUUCUAGAGCUAACAAAAUAUUCAAAAUUCCAUUCCGAGCUUGCUAUCACCAAAUGUUAACUUUUCUCGCAGAAAAAAUAUUGAAACAUUGUAGAUUUUGCAACAUGUGCUUGGGUGAUCAUUCUUUUAUCAACAUAAAUGAAAAGUUGGAAAAGACUAUUGAAGCAUUGCAGAAUUUGCAAAAUCAAAUUAGUGACCUUGGCUUACAGAGACAUUUUGGUUUGACUAAACAAGAAGCUAGAACACCUUCAACUUGUUUGGUUGAUGAAUCGGAUAUCUUUGGUAGGCACGAGGAAAUAAAGGAUUUGAUUAACCGUUUAUUGUCUGAAAAUGCAGGUGGAGGAAACCUGACUGUAGUUCCUAUUGUUGGAAUGGGCGGUGCGGGUAAGACAACACUAGCUAAAGCGGUUUACAACGAUGUCAAGGUGAAGAACCAUUUUGGUUUGACAGCUUGGUACUGUGUUUCUGAGCCAUAUGAUGCUUUGAGAAUAACGAAAGGGUUACUUCAAGAGAUUGGCUCAUUUGACUCAAAGGAUGACGGCAAUUUAAAUCAGCUACAGGUCAAAUUGAAGGAAAGCUUGAAGGAAAAGAAGUUUCUUGUUGUCCUUGAUGAUGUGUGGAAUGAUGACUAUAGUGAGUGGGAUAACCUGAGAAAUGUUUUUAUACACGGAGACGUGGGAAGUAAGAUCAUCGUAACUACACGUAAGGAGAGUGUUGCUCGGACGAUGUGUGCUGAUCGUUGCACAAUCACUGUGGGGAAUCUGUCUAGUGAAGACUCUUGGGCUUUAUUCAAACGACAUUCACUAGAAAAUAGGGAUCAUCCGGAACUUGAAGAGGUUGGGAGAAACAUUGCAGACAAAUGCAAAGGGUUGCCUUUAGCUCUAAAGGCACUUGCUGGUGUUUUACGCGGCAAAUCAGAGGUAGAUGAGUGGAGAAACAUUUUAAGAAGUGAAAUAUGGGAUCAGAAAAGUUGUUGGAAUGGUAUAUUACCAGCGCUGAUGUUGAGCUACAAUGAUCUUUCUCCACAUUUGAAGCGAUGUUUUGCUUUUUGUGCAAUAUAUCCCAAAGAUUAUGAAUUCUGCAAAGACCAAGCUAUUUACCUGUGGAUUGCUAAUGGUCUUGUAAAGGAGUUCUGUUCAGGUAAGGAAUACUUUGACGAGUUGAGAUCAAGAUCAUUGUUUGAGAGGGUCCCAGAGUCUGGAUGGAAAUCGGGGAGAUUCUUAAUGCAUGACCUUAUCAAUGAUUUGGCCCAAACUGCAUCUUCAAAACUUUGUAUUAGGUUGGAAGAGACCGAAGGAUCCCAUGAUAUGUUGGAACAAAGUCGACACAUGUCCUAUUCCAUAGGACAAGAAGGUGUCUUUGAGAAAUUGAAACCACUCUCCAAAUCAGAGCAGUUGAGGACAUUGGUUCCAUCCAAUAUCAGUUACAUAUGUCAGCUAAGCAAGAGGGUGUUGCAUAACAUACUGCCAAGCUGACUGACGUCCUUAAGGGCAUUAUCAUUGUCGGGUUAUGAUAUUAACGAGUUGCCAAAUGACUUGUUUAUCAAAUUAAAUCUCCUGAGAUUUUUGGACCUUUCUAGGGCACGUAUUGAAAAGUUACCAGAUUCCAUUUGUGUUUUGUAUAACUUGGAAACACUUCUCCUGUCAUCUUGUCGUUGUCUUGUGGAGCUACCGGUGCAGAUGGAUAAGUUGAUCAACUUGCGUCAUCUUGAUCUAACCAACACUGAUAGCUUGAAGAUGCCUCUAUAUCUGAGCAAGUGGAAAAGUCUCCAAAUGCUAGUGGGAGCCAAGUUUGUUAUAGGUGGUUUGAGAAUGGAAGAUUUGGGUGAAUUACAUAACUUGUAUGGAUGUCUAUCAGUUUUAGAGUUGGAAAAUGUCGUUGAUAGAAGGGAAGCUGUGAAGGCAACUAUGAAGGAAAAGGAACAUGUUGACAAGUUAUGUUUGGAGUGGAGUGAAGGUAGUUGUGCUUACGAUUCACAAACUGAAAGAGAGAUACUUGAUGAGCUACACCCGCACACAAAUAUAAAACAACUCCAAAUCAGGGGAUAUAGAGGGGCAAAAUUUUCAAAUUGGGUAGCUGAUCCUUUGUUUGUUGAGCUAGUAAAAUUGUCUCUUAGCAACUGCAAGGACUGUGAUUCCCUGCCAUCACUAGGACAGCUUCCUUGUCUGAAAUUCCUUUCCAUUAGAGGGAUGCAUGGAAUAAGAGAGGUGACGGAAGAAUUCUAUGGUAGUUCCGUAUACUCCAAAAAGCCUUUUAACAGUCUUAAGAAGCUUUUAUUUGAAGAUAUGCCGGAGUGGAAGCAAUGGCACGUACUAGGAAUUGGGGAGUUCCCUAUACUUGAGAAGCUUUCAAUUGAAAAAUGUCCGGAGUUGAGGGGGAAGUUGCCUGAAAAUCUUUGUUGUCUUACAGAAUUGAGAAUUUCAACGACACCUCUUAUUGACGAAGCUCAACUCCAACUUGAGGGAAUGAAGCAGAUUGUUGCAUUAGUUAUACGUGAUUGUAACUCUGUUACCUCCUUACCUUUUAGCAUACUGCCCACUUCCUUGAAGAGAAUAGAGAUAUGUGGUUGUCAUAAAUUGAAAUUGAAAUUGGAGGAGCCUGGAGUUGAUCAUUGUAACAUGUUUCUGGAGGAAUUGAGACUGCAUGGAUGUGAUUGUAUAGAUGAUAUAUCACCUGAGUUGCUCCCAAAAGCACGCAAAUUGAGUGUAACGAAUUGCCACUACCUUACUAGGUUUUUGAUUCCUUCUGCAACGGAACGUCUUGAGAUUUGGAGAUGUGAGAAUCUUGAAAUACUUUCGGUGGCCCGUGAGUCUGCCAUGACAUUUUUGCAUAUUAGGAAUUGUGAGAAUCUCAAGUGUCUGCCACAAAUAGAUUUACAAGUCCUUGUCAUUUAUGAUUGCAACAAGUUAGUGAACGGAAGAAAGGAGUGGUGUUUACGUAGACUCACUGAGUUAGAGAUUUAUCAUGAUGGGAGUGACGAAGAGAUCCAACGUUGGGAGUUGCCUUGUUCUAUUCAGAGACUUACCAUAAACAAUCUGAAAACAUUAAGCAGCCAAGUUCUGAAAAGCCUCACCUCUCUUAAACAUCUACGCGUUGAGGGUACUAUACCUCAAAUUCAGUCACAAGGUGGACUUCCCUCCUCUCUUUCUCAGCUACAUUUAGGAUACCAUGAUGAGCUCCAUUCACUACAUUUUUCCCACCUCACUUCACUUAUACGUCUACACAUCUCGAAUUGCCAUAAUCUCCAAUCACUCUCCGAAUCAACACUACUGCCCUCCUCCCUCACUGAGCUGUACAUCUCGAAUUGCCAUAAUCUCCAAUCACUCUCCGAAUCAGCACUGCCCUCCUCCCUCUCUCACCUGACCAUCAGAGAUUGCCCUAAUCUCCAAUCCCUUCCAGUAAAAUGGAUGUCCUCUUCCCUCUCUAAACUCGAUAUUUCCAAAUGUCCAUUGCUCACACCACUAGUACAAUUUGACAAGGGGAAAUACUGGCCAAAUAUUGCUCAAAUUCCCAUCAUAAACAUCGAUUGGAAAUCCCUCUGAUUUGGUUCCUCCAACACAAAUGUUGUGAUUUUCAAGUCGUACAGCCAUCUACUAAGCAUGACUUGCUGCAAAUGGAACCAAAGGUACAUGAGAAUCAAGUUGUUACAAGAGACAUAUUGUCAUAGAUUAUAAAGAAAGAUACUACUUUUUCACCGUUAGGAUUUUCAAGUCCAGACGCGAAAGUUGUUGAACUAUGUAUAUAAUGACUUGUAAAAUG